AUGUCCGACGCGGAGGAGGUGGUGGAGGAGUACGAGGAGGAGCAGGAAGAGGAGGACUGGCAGGAGGACGAAGACGAGCAGGAGGAGGCCGCCGAGGAGGCUGAGGCAGAGCCCGAAGCUGAGGCCGACGCAGAGGCUGACGCUGAGGCCGGGGAGACCAACGCAGAAGAUGGCGAACAGGAGGAGGAGAGCAAGGACGCUGAAGACGGCCCAGUGGAGGAGUCCAAGCCCAAGCCCAGGCCUUUCAUGCCCAACCUGGUGCCCCCCAAGAUCCCUGACGGAGAGAGAGUGGACUUUGAUGACAUCCACCGGAAGCGCAUGGAGAAGGACCUGAACGAGCUGCAGACGCUGAUCGAGGCCCACUUUGAAAACAGGAAGAAGGAGGAGGAGGAGCUCCUCUCCCUCAAGGACAGGAUUGAGAAGCGGCGCGCGGAGCGGGCGGAGCAGCAGCGCAUCCGGAACGAGCGGGAGAAGGAGCGCCAGGCCCGGCUGGCCGAGGAGCGGGCCCGGCGGGAAGAGGAGGACAACAGGAGGAAGGCGGAGGACGAGGCUCGGAAGAAGAAGGCCUUGUCCAACAUGAUGCAUUUCGGGGGCUACAUCCAGAAGCUACCCUGCUGUCUCCCACUCCAGACCGAGCGGAAAAGUGGGAAGAGGCAAACCGAGCGGGAAAAGAAGAAGAAGAUCCUUGCGGAGAGGAGGAAGGCGCUGGCCAUCGACCACCUGAAUGAAGACCAGCUGAGGGAGAAGGCCAAGGAGCUGUGGCAGAACAUCUACGACCUGGAGGCUGAGAAGUUCGACCUGCAGGAGAAGUUCAAGCAGCAGAAGUACGAGAUCAAUGUUCUCCGGAACAGAAUCAACGAUAACCAGAAAGUCUCCAAGAGCCGCGGCAAGGCCAAGGUGACGGGGCGCUGGAAGUAGAGGUCACCUUGUCCUGCUCGUGUCCGGAACGUGUCCAGCGCCAGCAUUCUCGAGGCCCCGCCCACAACUCUGUGGGAACCAGGCGCUGCCGGCCCCUUGCCCGCCCGCAGCACAUCAGGAAUAAAAGCCACUCA